AUGGUCUUUUCGGCCUGGAGAUGUGUCGCAGGAGCUGCGGUGCUGCUCUCGUGGCGAGCUUCCGCUCAGACGUACUCAUCUUGUAACCCCCUCACUUCUUCAUCUUGCCCGGCGGACACUGCUCUCGGCAUGGCAAUUGAUGUCGACUUUACACAAGGAGAGGUGAACUCCUUCACCAAUUCCGGCGGUCAGCCAACAUACGGUUCCGACGGCGUAACCUUUACAGUCCGACAAAGCGGCGACGCUCCGCAACUUACUUCAGUCUUCUAUAUCAUGUUCGGCCGAGUCGAGAUUAGCCUGAAGGCCGCCCCCGGUGCGGGAAUUGUGUCGUCCCUCGUGCUGCAAUCGGACUGCCUCGACGAAAUCGAUUGGGAGUGGCUAGGUGCCGACUCGACCGAAGUGCAAUCCAACUACUUUGGAAAGGGAAUCACUACCUCGUACAAUCGCGGGCAAUUCCAUGAGAUGGGCGACAAUCAAAACGACUUCGUCACAUAUGUGAUAGACUGGACAAGCGACAGAAUUGUCUGGACUGUGGGCGGUACCGUGGUGCGAACACUGCAAUCUUCAGAGGCAGAGGAGGGCCAAUACCCGCAGACACCUAUGCAAAUCAAGUUCGGUUCCUGGUCGGGCGGCGAUUCCAGCAACGCGCAGGGCACUAUCGAAUGGGCGCGUGGCCCUACUGAUUACUCUCAGGGGCCUUUCAGCAUGAGCGUCAAGACUGUCAAGAUAACAGACUACAGUACAGGCAGCCACUAUACAUAUGGCGACACAUCUGGCUCCUGGGGAUCCAUCCGAUCAGACGGCGGCUCGGUGAAUGGAAACCUAGGCAAUGCGGAUACUCUUACCACGACCGCUGUCGCCAGUGGCUCCACAGCGACUGGAUCAGCCAAUGUCCCUGCCGGGGGUAUCGGGGGUGAAAGCAGCUCAAAUUCAGGUUCCUCUAACCUACCCGAAGGAUGGGUCAUGACUUCGGAGGGGAAGAUAGUACCGUCCGGUUCAGCUAUAUUGCGCCCGGUGUGUCCACUUAUCUUCAUCUUCACCUUUUGCGCUACCCUCGCAAGUAGUCGGAGAUUUUGGCCUUAA